AUGUACAAAAACUUGCUACCAGAAUCUUCCUUCUUGAUCAUUGACGUCGAGCACCCUUUGUUAGUGCUGGCUCCACCCUUACAACUUGAGUCCACGAGUCAUUUCUCAGAUCCCGACAAACUCAUUCCAAUCGCUGGACGGUUCACGCUGAGCGAAAGCCUACCUGUUCCACUAAAUUACGUAAUCGAUACCCUUCUUUGUGAGGGGAAAUUGAGAAGACCCGAACGGCCUUCUACCGAAUACUGUUCGGUUGGAUAUGUUCGGAGCGCUGCCGAGCCGACUGCUAUUGUAACAACAGUCCAACCAGAAGGAGUGGUGCUUAGUGUAACCAAGCCUGACACCUCUACACAACUAAGCGAAGUGGAAACGGAUGAAUCUUUUGUUGAAGAUAUGCUCGAAGCACCGUACGCGAAACAACGCGACCUUCUUUCCGCCUCACCAUCCGACUCGGGGCUUGACUCAAGUAUUAGCCUUCCCGGUACCCAGUGGAGGCCUCAAGGACCGCUGGGUCUUAGGGCCGAAGACCGAAGAUUCUACUAUUACCCUGACGCACAGUAUUACAAGACUCAAGCCAGACUCAAGGAGUUUGACAUGCGCACCAGGCGACCUUACACAAGAAGGAUAACGUCGCUGUCCAAGACCAUCGAAAGCGACUAUUCGCACAGGAAGUCGAACAUGGACAGGCUAGCCAAGAAGAUUUCCUCCGAGAUGUCCAGUCUGGAAAGGGAUCUCGAACUGUUGCAUUCCAUGCAGAGCAUGUUACGACGGGAGCUGAAGACAAGGGAGAAGCCGACAGGGGAACAAAGCAACGGCAAGACUUCGAACGGCAGAAAAUCUGAAGGAUCGCCCGAAACGACUCGUGCAAGGCCCUAUCCAGACGCGAGUUCGCGCCCGUACCUCAGUCGUCGGUUGUCGAAAAGUGACUCCGAGUCCGACGAACCAGUGGCGCAAUUGCCACGUCCCAAGCCGGUGCCGAAAGGAGAGGCUCCGCGUUUCAUCACUCGCCUCGAGAAUAGAAUUGCACCGAGUGGGUACAGGGUCAAGCUGCAUUGCACCGUGGUCGGUGAUCCGACCCCUCAGGUCACGUGGCUGAAGAACGGCGUCAAGGUGUCCUUGGAGAACAGACAGAUAUCAAUCAACCAUCAAGACUACGGCCUAUGCAGCUUGGAAAUCUUUAACCUUAAAACUGCAGACACGGGAGAGUAUACUUGCACCGCAAGAAACGCCUACGGGGAAGCAACGACAAGUGCUUACCUGCGGGUUACAGGUGAAAGGGAUCUGACGCCCGAAGAGCCGAAGUUUGAAUCUUGCGCCCCUGACCUCACUGUUCGGGCUGGAGGAAAAGCCGUGUUUUCGUGGAAAGCCAGUGGCUCUCCUCUUCCGACCCUUAAAAUGCCCCAAACUACCAUAAUCGUCAUUCGAUUGGUGUACAUCCACAAAAACAUUUUAAGUGGCGGAACUCAGAGGCAUGUGUACAGAUGUGGAUAUCCGGAGUUGCGGCAGGGUUAUGAGAAAGUUAAUGGCGGUUAUGUUGAAAUACCAAAGAGUGGUUUACGUCUGACAGUUCAUCUGACGAAGGACUCGAAGCCGCUUAGGACUAACUUGACAACGGAUGUGAUCAUCAGUAGGGACGGCAUCUGCCGGGUCUGCCUUCAGAAGGUGUCGCCCGCCGAUGCCGGAGUCUACACGUGUACCGCCGAAAACGACUCUGGAACGGCUGCUUCCACCAGCAUCCUUGAGAUUGCUGGCCUGGAGGAAGGCAGCAGCGACUUCCAAGAAGAACGACGCCGACUCGAGAAAAUGCACGUUGACGACAGACGAAAUGCAUCAGAGGCCGUUGAAAGAGCGUCAAGGUUGGCCGAUCCCCCGUAUGUCUUAUCUCCUGAAGAAAACAAAGACGAUUACUACAAGUCACGAAGAAAUUUCAGGACUUAUGGCAUGCUGGGAUUGAACUACUUGGAAGAUGUCCCUAGGACGAGUUAUGAGCCACGCAGAAAAUAUUUUGUGUUCGCUAAAUUGAUUCUAGGUUCCAAAGUGACAGCUUGCAACUCUGGGUGGGUUAUUUGCAACGACACAAAGUCCAGCGUUCUACUUUUAAACCUUUGGACCAUGAACGAAGAGUCCAUCGUAGCUGCCAUGGGAACUCCCCGCUCACAGGCUGCCCUGGGGUUCCUCCCACUUCUACUGCUGGCAGUGCUGAUGGGGUCCCGUGUCUCGGCUAAGAACGGCGUCGAUUUAUUCGUCUCGUCCACUUUAAGGACGUGGGCGAACGUGUCUCGCAUGGUUGUGGACAAGGAUACCGGGAAGGUCUACAUCGGUGGCGCAAACAGGAUCUACCAGUUGACACCUAACCUUGAAACGGAGAGCCUAGCAUUCAUGGGACCAUACAGAGACAGUGCACACUGUUCUCCGACUAGUGGCUGCCUGCCCGGCCAAGAGAAAUUGCGAGACUACCAUACGAAAGCAAUGGCCAUCGACUACUCCACGAAAUCGCUUGUCGUCUGCGGGAACGUCAUACGUGGCUCGUGUACUCUUCACAGUCUGCAAAACGUCAGUGACUUUCGAAGACCUUCGCACGAAUCGGUGCUGUCCAGCGACCCGAACGAGUCUGCCGUCCUGUUCAUAUCGAACGGACCCGGGCCUCACAAGCAGGUCUUGUACGUCGGGACCAGCUGGAACACUGAAGGAUCACACGCGGUAGAUGUGCCCGCCGUUUCUUCAAGAAGUCUUGAUCCGAACAAAGACACCUUCUCCAUAGCAGUACAAGGUGAAAGAUCGGGUACCAGAAUGUUUGUGAACAGCGGGUCCCGUACGAACUUUCCGAUAACCUAUAUAUUCGGUUUCGAAUUUCGGGGCUUCUCGUACUGGCUCACAGUGCAAAAGGGUUCGCUCGAAGAAGGAGCGCGGUUCAUCUCCAAGCUGGUCCGCGUUUGUCAGAACGACCCAAACUACCACUCUUACACCGAGGUGGAGCUGGUCUGUCGUUCAGAUAAAGAUGCCCACUACAACUUGGCCCAGGCAGGCUUUGUUAGCAAACCUGGCUCGGACCUGGCAGACUCCUUGGGUUACGAUGAUGAUGUCCUUUUCGUUGUCUUUGCGAAGAGUGAGAACGAAACGAUCGACCGACCGGGAAACGAGUCUGCUCUUUGCCUAUUUCCGCUGGAGGCGGUAAUGCGGAAUUUCACUGAAAAUAUCAGGGACUGCUUCCAGGGAGAAGGCAAUCGAGGACUGGAUUUUAUUACGCCCAGUACUCCCUGUCAAAAUACGCCUGUUUCAAUAACGGACCUUUUCUGUGGCUUGGAAGUCAACACACCGCUGGAAGGAAGCAAGCCCAUUACUGUCAAGUCCGCGCUCAGCUACACGGACACGCAGCUCAACUCGGUAGCGGCCACGACGAUCUACAACUUCACUGCCGUUUUCUUGGGAACGAAUCGAGGACACUUGAAGAAGGUCUUGUUGGAAUCUGCGACGAGUGGCUACGAAGUAGACGAUAUCGCCGUCGACGAGGGAAACCCAGUUCUUCGGGAUAUGUUAUUUGACGGAAGCAAGGACCGCAUCUACGUGAUGACUGAUUACAUGCUCAGCGCCGUCGAUGUGCAACAAUGCUUUCGCUACCUCAAAUGUGGCGUCUGCACUUCCAACCGGGAUCCGUACUGUGGAUGGUGUGGGCCAGAGAAAAAAUGCAGCUUGAGAGCCAACUGUGAGGAGGCAGCAGAUGAUCCGGUGCACUGGCUUUCCUACAAAACUCAAUGCAGUCCGAUCACCAAUAUCUCGCCCUCAGAGGUUCAAAGAUCAACCAUUCGCCAAUUAAACGUGAAGCUAACCAAUAAGACAUUUGUCGACGAAGAGGAAUUGGUGUGCAUCUUUGCGACGUCUGGAUUGGAGGUUGAAACAAAUGCUACUCGGACUGCUGAUGGCGUCGCGUGCCCAACACCCAAACCUGAUGCCUUCUCGUCCAUUCCAUCCGAAGACCCCUACUUAACGAUGAAGUUAUCCGUUGGCAGAAAUAUGACACCCGAGUAUUUCAAGUUUUUCGACUGCAACGCAUACAAAACAUGCACGGAGUGCACCUCGACUGCAUCCCCCUGCAGUUGGUGCAUAGAGAGACACCUUUGCACACACAAUAGCAGUGAAAAUUGUCACAACGAUAUCACUCUCACAUCUCCGGGCGCAGGUCCCAGCAUUCGAGGAGGAGCCGACCUUUGCCCUCGAAUACGAAAAUCUUCAAGCAGUUCCAACGAAAUCAUAGUGCCAAAGGGUACGACCCAAGGGAUUCGAAUUCAGGUGGAAAAUAUUCCGGCCUUUAUGAUACAGUCAAGAUUUGUUUGCCAGUUUCUUAUCGAAGGAAAAGUAAAGCAAGUCAACGGCCAGCUCCUGGGAGACAGCCUAUACUGUGGAAGAAUUCCCAUUGAAAAUUAA